AUGGCCAGCCCAGAGGAGUUCAAUCAGGAGAUCAAUGUGGGCAAGGUCGCGAUUCCGCCACUUUCAGCUUUGCUGGAUGUGAGGGUUCCCCUUGUACAGCUGGAGUCCGAUCGGCUACAGGCUUCGGUGUCCUGGCUCUAUGGAGCAGUUCAAGCUCUGCAGCAGCAAUGCCUAGGGCUGAACUCCCGGCUGGAGCACCUUCAGGAGAUGAACACCCCAAGCCUGAAGGCCUCUCCGCUGCCUCCGCUGCCUCUAGAUGCGGAGGAUGGCCGCAUGCAGCUGUGGCAGCACGAGCAGAAACGUGCUGCGGAACAGGCGCAGGUUGAGCUGCGCUUCCAAGCCCUUUCUGCAUCUGUGGAGAGCAGGCUGCAGCACGCUGAUCUCGAGGCAUUGGAAGGAAAGAUGACGCGGAGACUCGACGAGAUCUCCCAAGACUCCAAGCAGGAGAUCUCCUCCCUGGCAAGGUUGCUGGAAGGCACCUUGUCGGUAGACCGCCGGCAGCUUCAGGAACAGUUCGAGGCUCUGCGCUGCAAGGUCGAGGCCCACCUCGAUGUCAUCUUGUCGGAGUCCGGAGUGCAGAAGGAUGCUGUGAAGGCUCUGUUGCAAGCUCCUCGGGAGUUGCAUGUGCCACAUGCUGGCCUUCCACGCGAGAUGCCCGAAGAAACGACAUUCAGCCCCGAGAGGACCUCCGGCGGAACCGGCCCAGGGGCAGAGCAUCUGGCGCUGCAGUCCCGCUUGGAGCAACUGGAGCAGAGCCUCCUCUCUCAAAGGCCGCCCCGAACAGAAGCUUCAAGUUCCGGGCCCGGCGUGGAUGGCGAUGCCGUGUGGCAGCGGUUCACCGACGUGGACCAGGCCCACAUCAUGACCGUCCAAAGGAUUUCGGAGAUGGAAACACGCCUCGCCCGCGUUGAGGGCAAAGGCCCAGGCCGUCGCCAACGGGAUGGAACUGGAAAGCUGACACAGGCAGGUGACUGGGAGGUGCCGAUGUCCGAGCUUCAGUCCAGCCACGCUUCCUUGGCAGAGGAAGUGGCAGCCCAUGUCCUUCCAGCGGUCUCCACGCUGCGCUCGACUCUCACGCAAAUAACGAAGUACAUCUCCGGCGAUGCACCGGAGGAGGACAUGGCCACUUCCCUGAAAUCUGUGAAUGCCUUGGACUGGCUGCAGCAGCGUGUCGGAGCUCUCACGAAGGAGAAAGGACACACUUUGGAGGCCCGUCUUCAGCUCCUCGAGCAAGCGACAGGCAGCACCGAGAUCUUCCAAAAAGUCCAGAACCUCGAGCAGAUCUUGGGCAAGCUGGAUGUGGAUGCCGUCAAUGAGGUUCCCCCACAGCUGAUCAUCGUCAAAGAGGAUCAGGAAGUCUUCAAGCAGGACCUGCGGCGCGAGGUGCAGGAGCUGAAAGUGCUGGUCGGUUGCAUGGAGGCAUGCGUACCGAAAGAAACGCGGAAAGCGAUCCAGCUGUUCAAGAGGGGCGCUGGCGUCUCAGAUGAGGAGUUCAUCACCGCCGGCGGCCUGAAGCUUCAUGCAGAUGUGGAAGCUCUGCGAGAGGAGUUGCAGGUGCGUCUGGCGGAUGUGGAGACCAACUCCGCCCAGCAGCACGACAGCUUCGACAGCUUGAACUCCAUGGUUCAGGACUUGGAGACGAAACAGGAGAGGCUUUCCAGCGCAUUCCGGAAGCGCUUCGCCAGCGAAGAUGCUGCGAAUGGACUUGACGGGUUUGUGGCACCUGAGGGUUGGACGCAUCCGCCACCAUCAGCUUGA